CAGCCUGGUAAACAGACAUGGAAGCUGCUGGGGAAGACCUCCACAGUCACUGAACACUGCAUUCGUUCUUUAUUUACAAAUCCCGCACACACUGUCAACUCGUUAAACUAUACAAACGCCGUUAAAAGCUCUUUUUUGAAUUUGAAACAUCUGGAUUCAGCGGAAAGAAUGUCGGAAAGGGCCGAUCAUGACGUCAGGGCAGAGCAGCGCAAAGCGGCCAGGCAGCCAAAGCAGCAACAGCAGGGAGAAGGCUCCACAGUAAUGGCGACUGUAGGGGAGCGCAGAGCACUGCCCAGUCCAGAAAUCGUGUUGGGACAGCCCUGGAGCAAUUGGGUGGAUGCUGCCAAACUCCACGGGAAUGACGGUGCAGAAUCGGAAGAAAGUUUGAAAGAGUGCGGGAAAAAUCGAGAAGCGAUGAGGCUUUGUAAAGAAGACAUGCCUUUAUUCGGUCACUGCCCGGCACAAGAUGAUUUUUACUUGGUGAUGUGUAACCAUUGUAAUCAAGUUGUCAAACCACAGGCGUUUCAAGCACACUAUGAAAGAAGACACAGCUCAUCCAGCAAACCCCCACUUACCCCAACUCCAUCUUCUGCGUAUUUUCUGCCCUCAACACUGCCGUCAAAAAACAAAGGCAGUAGCGGCAGUGGCAGCAGCAGCAGUAGUCGCUCGUCAAGUGGAAACAGUGCAUCCUCCAACUCAAAAAUCCUAAAGUCACCCAAAGAAAAGCUGCACAGCAUCAGUGGGAGUAACAGGCCAAUGCAUCUACCACACAGCAAGGUGCCACAUGACAAAAUUAUGCCACCGUUUGUUAAAGUGGAAAAGAUGCACCCUAACCCAAAGGUAGAUGGUACAUCACUAAAAACAACUGCCUGCCCCACAUCUUCUACCACUGUGAGUUCCUCAAUAAAGCCAGGGCUUAACUGUCCCUCAAUACCAAAGCCACCCCUGCUGUCUCCUGGACAGAUUCCUAAUGGGAAAGGACUUCUCUCAACUCUAGACAAGAAACAAGAUGAUAAUUAUGCCAGUAAUAAGAAGCAGUUGCACAAAAGACUGUCAGAGCGUGAAUUUAAUGCUGAUAUCCACUGUGGGGUUGUGGAUAUGGAAACCAGGAAGCCCUGCACAAGAUCUUUAACAUGCAAGACACAUUCCUUAAGCCACCGGAGAGCUGUACUGGGUCGAAGAAAACGUUUUGACAUUUUAUUAGCUGAGCACAAGAGUAAAACCAGGGAUAAAGAACUGCAUCGGAAUGCCGAGUACCCUCAGCAAACCCUCAGGGAACCACAUCCCUCCCCGUCAAGAACUACCCAGGAAAUACACCAAAAUUCUCAUGGAAAUAACACUUCAGAGUCAAAGCCUUUAAUACCCAGCAAACCCAAACCUUACAAUCCUAGUCUUCCAAGGCCUACAAGCUACUCCACUCCACACAGUGGGAAUGUCUCCAGUGACUCUCCAUUGGUUCACGAAUCUCCCCACCACUCUGCAGCACCAGCUGAGGCAGCGUCCCGGUUAUCCAGUGAUGAGGGGGAGAACGAUGAGAAGGAAGAGGCCACAGAAAGACUGGACUGCCACUAUUCAGGUUACCAUCCUCAGCCAGCAGCUUUUUGCACCUUUGGAAGCCGACAAGUGGGAAGAGGCUGCUAUAUGUUUGACAGGCGGUGGGAUCACAUUCGAUGUGCACUUAACUCAAUGGUGGAUAAGCAUGUUAACUCUCAGAUGUGGAAAAAAAUUCCUCCAGCAUCUGAGAACGCAGGUUCUACACCAGCUCCACACCGGACAAGCACAAAUUCAUUGCCUGCAUCACACUACAGUGUGAACUCCACAGGAUUCUUGUGCCCCACCUCAGCGACAUCCCCACAAAUUCUUGGUGCACCAUACUACACACAGUCUCUCGACAACAAAUCAAUUCCAUCUUAUGGGACAACUUUAAAUGCCCACAUUUCUUCUAUGGGCUCUAUAGACCAGGCUGCAUAUAAUAUGCAGUCAAGGCAAGUGUCUUCUUCGCCCCAAAUGCCUUCAGGACAUUCAGCUGUACCUUCACUGAUAUCCAACAAGCCUCAGAAAUCCAAACCCAGCAGCAAGUAUUUCAGAUCCAAGGAAUCUUCUGCAACAAUCACGAACUGUAACAACAACACCAACAAUAGCAGCAGCAGCAGCAGUAGUAACAGCUCGGGAAAGAGGAGGAAAAACAGUUCCCUGCUUCUGGCUCAUUCAUCUUCACAUUCAGCUGAGUCGUUGUCAUCCUUUAAGAGAAACUGUGCUUUGAACUCUGCCAGCGCGGGGAGCUUGUAUCACUCGCCAGUGACCUCUUCAUCUCACAUUGGUCUCAACUGCCCCACCAACCGAACAAACUCUCUCAGCCUCAAACACGACCAAUCAGGGAGGGGCCCUCCGACAGGGAGCCCCGCAGAAUCAAUAAAGCGCAUGAGCGUGGUGAUGAACAGCAGCGACUCCACCCUUUCACUUGGACCUUUUGUUCACCAGUCCAUCGAGCAGACCAUGAACUCGCACGGUGGCUACUCUCACUCGCACGCUCCUAUGGAAAGACUGGAAGGGAAGAAGCGGAAAGGCGCUCCUGCUUCCAGCAGUGUUAACAGCGGCAACAGCAGCAGACCCAACAAGGUGGCCAAAUCGCCUGGUGUGAACAAUGUUCACACAAAACAUGCCCGCACAAUCCCAGGGACGCAAGGACUUCCGAACAAUUCACUUUUACAACAGCCAAAGGCACGUCCCUGACAACUGCUGCUGCUGUUGUACCUGCAAAAAAGAACUGGACAUCCUCUAGCAGAAAUAGAUCUGUCUGGUACUCUGAACUACAAGAGGCCUUUAUCUCCGCUUCCCAUGUUCCUCAGGGGUGGAGAUCGACUGGACAGAUAGUUAUGUCAAGGAAUUCCCUGAAGCCAUGUUUGUAACAAUGCCACAAUCAACACAACACUGGAUGAAAAUGUGUCAUGCUGUUGCUUUAAUCAGUGUUAUUGGUGGAAAGGUCUGCUGACUGCCCAUUUGUGAGGUUUUCCUUCGAAGGAGAAUGUAUUAAGUAACCUUACUCUAAAUGUAAGGUACAGAUAAGGGCUUGGCAAAAAAAUAAGUGUGGGUUAUACCUGCAAGAUAUGCCCUGGAGUAGGAGUUGCAAAGCUCUGUUGAAUUCUACCAAUCUGCUCCUUGUAGUUUGGAUGCCUUUUCUGUCGUCCUUUAAGCACACAAUGUGUGUUCAGUAGGUCAUGCCCUACAAAACCAGUGGGAUUAAAACAAAAAACCUAGCCUGUAAGUAAGUAGUUGGGGAUAAGAAACUGCCAGGAGUUAAACUAUUUUAUAUCGCAUUUAUACAGAUGGCUAACAGUGAAUUACAGGAUCUUAAUGGUUUUGUCUCAACAAAAAAAAAAAAAAAAAAAUGGGAACAUUUAUAAACAUUUAUUUUUCUAAAAAAUACUGCAGCUGGUCAGUUAAUUUUUAAAGCUGAAACUGCCAAAAAUUAACAAAUCAUCAUUAGGGUUGGAUUAUGUGUGUGUUUUUUUUUUUUUUUUUUAAUUUUGAAGUACACAAAUGCAAAUCAUGGAAAUUUAAAUAUUUAAUGAAGAAGUUGCUGUUUGUUAAUCUGAAAAUUUGAUCACAGUAUGUUUAAGGUAGAACGUUUCAGGCGCCAGUCCAUUAUUAUAGCAGUAUGUACUGUAUGCCCCCACAUUUAGUACUGCAUAUUGUAGAAUAAAAUACUAGUUAACAACCAGUGAGGGAAAAACAAAUAUAACAUUAUGAAAAAGACCCAGACCUAAUAGCUCAUGAAUUUUAUUUUUUAUUGAUUAUCAAAUGAUUAAAAAAUUAUAUAUAAUAUAUAAACUCUAGAACCAACCACACAAAUAACACAUUUAUAAUAUUGAAUGGGUUAUCAGUAAUGACUAUGCACACAUCUAGUCCUUAAAUUCUGGCAUGUGAUUGGUUAAAUCUCACCACAUGACCAAAAAUAGAUAACUAUUGCCUGUGUGACGCUGCUUAGUCAAGGUUUUUUUUUUUUUCUUUAUUUACAAACUCCCUCAAGUUGUGUCAUCAUGCUAAAUGUCUUUCCUCUCUUCAGACAACAAAGCAAAAUGACGGACAACAGAAAAUUAAUUCCAAAACAAAGAUGCUGCAAACACUAAAAGCGUCAUAAAAACUUUAUUUCAGUAUUUUACUUCCUAAAAUUCAAAGAAGUCCAACUCGACGAUGUAAAUAAGUACGACGUUCACAAACUCAACUGAGAAUUGUAAGCUGCAGUGAGAAAGGCAGACGGACAGUUUGUAUGCCAAAAAAACAUCAAUAACUUUGCGCUAUGGUACUUAAAAACAUUACUUUCUUGACUGAUUCAUACUACAAGUAUGGAUUGUAGACCCCUUGGGAAGAACUGUAGUCACCUCCAGGGGACAAUUUUGUAGCACUGUUGGUAACUAUAGUGCUUCCCUCAGGCGCCAUAGUUUUCAACUAUACGCCUCCUCUCCAGUCACAUACAUGCAUACAUGGCAGAGAAUUCAUUAAAGGGGAUCCAAGUAAAUUAUCUGAACCCUUUAAUUAUUUGCACUUUCUUAACCUGCCUUUUCCCCUUUUAUUAUCCAUUAGAAAGAACCUCCUAUACUGUGAGCCCAAGUAUGUACCUGUCAAACGGAAUGUGCCACUGUUUGUGCACAGCAAGUGCACUACUUAUGCAAUAGUGCUUCCCAUGAGACCAGAACCUUCAAACAGUAUGUCUUGUUAACAGGCUACACUCCUAAGUGUGAAUACCUUGCACAUCAGUUGCCUCAAAGCAAAAAUAGUCAUUUCUUUUAUUAGCUUAUUAAUAUUAACUUGGAUUCAAACAGGAUUGUUUCAAUAUUAAAGCAGUGGUUGGAGUAGUGCACCUUCACACUUAAUAACAGACAGGUUUUCAUAGUCAACAAAUGACAUUAAAAGGCCUUUUUUAUAAACAAUUAUCUUCAGUUGGAAACUGGAAUAAUUGAGGUGAUUAUACAAGGUGGCUAUUGAUUGUAACUCCUGCAGUUUUCUUAACCCUAAAUGAACGAAGCUAUAAAGCAGAGUCGAUCUAGUAGUUCUCUUUUUGGCUUUUCUUGUAUGGAUUAUAAAAAAAUAUCAAAGUACCCCAUUUUCAGAAUACAUAUUUUGUUAAAAAUUGUACAUAUUUUAAAUAUGUAUUUUUGCACAGGCAUUCUUCCUUAUACCCAGUUUUGGUACAAUUUAGAUCAUCAUAUUUAUUUAGUAAAUAAUAAAUAAGAUCAGGGGGUUUUAUUAUGUUAAGUGGUACACUCCCAAGUCAAUAAUGCAAUAUGCCUACAAUAUAGAUGGAUGUCUUUUAAUGCAAUGGUCCUUUUGAAAGGUCAAGUGUUGUCAUUUAGAAGAACAAGAUUUGAAAACGGCAACUAUACAAAAUGCCUGUAUCUUUAAUGAAGAAUAUUAAUAUAAUACUGGAAGAUCUUACAAUAUCUGACUUUUGCCUCCUAGUUGGAAAGACUGAAUGCGUAUGACCAGAAAUAUAAUUCCCCUGUCAAUUGACAGGUGGCUUAUAUAAAGAUUUUGUUCAUAUGCUGUCAAUGAUUCUUUUUGUCAAGCCACUUUAUGCGAAAGAGCAGUCCUUCUUUAGUAUAUUUAUUCUUUUAAAGUUUGUUUGACAUUGGUGAGGGGAAAAAAAAGAGAGAAAAUUGGCAGCACUUUUCCUUUAUAAGGUCUGGGAGUAGGGUGAUUUUUUUUUCUUUUAAAAUAAAAAGGAAAAAAAAAAAACCUUUAAAACACAAUGCAGCCCGCUUGCAUCAUUGUUGCCAAACUCCUUAAUUUGAAACACUGCUUUUUACUGAAAACUUUUGUUUGCAGCUUUUAGAAAAU